GGCUCUCUCUCUCUCUCUCUCUCUCUCUCUCUCUCCUCCACGACACAGACUCCCACCGUGACUGCGCGCAAGUCUCUCUCCACCCCCCCCGCCGGCCUCGUCCUCUGCUCUCCGAGCUGCUGAACUUCUCCUCAGCGCCGCUGGCACACUGGAUCGCCGACCUUGGCAGCGCGCUGCGCGGAGGAACUUUACCGGGUGGAAGAGAGGGGCGUGUGGGUGGGUGCGUGUUCCGUAUCGGGCGCACCUUUCCCCCAGCAAGGAUUCGAGGAGGAGGGGGGAAGACAAAUGAAAAGAAGUCUCCUCGCUGCUUGUGGACAACUGUGACCGCUCCGGUUGGUGCGCGAGGCGAGCGACGGGGAAGUUUGGAGUCGAAGGGAGAGAGAGAGAGGGGCACGGAGCAGCUCAGCAUCUCAAGGACGCGAGGAGAGGAGGAGGAGGAGGAGGAGGAAGAAGAAGUAGUCGGUGGGAAAGUGUACGAGGAGCCGCCUCGCCUCCUCACAGGUGCACCGGCACACGGACCGACCGCGUGUGGACUUCGCCUGGAUUCAUCUCGACUGAGCCACGUCGGACUGACUUGACGCGUAAAAGGGGGAGAAAAAAAACAACCCAUAUAUAUCUUUAUGUUUCUAUGGGGCUCGUGGAACUGGAGCGAAUCUGAACUGUAGAAACAAAUUCAGUCUGUGAAUUCAUUUCCCCCCCCACCUUCUUCUUCUUCUUCUUCUUCUUCUUGCGCUCUGGGGUCGGUGCGCGCAACCCGGCGCGAGCGAGCGAGAGAUCGGCGUUCGUCGGCGGAGGGACCGUCACCACCACCACCACCACCACCACACCGGAACUGAAUUCGGGACGCAGUGAACAUGCCCCAGGCGGCGCACCGGGCACUUGUUGGCGUCCACCACCCUGCCCGGGUCGUUGGCACCAUGUUUGGGGACCCGUGGAGCAGACCGACGAUGCGCGCCACAUGGAUAUUAUUUCUCUCCGUCCUCGUCCACUUCGCACAGGCUCAAGAUGACGUGCCCCCCUACUUCAAGACGGAGCCGGUGCGCAGCCAGCUCCACCUGGAGCGCAACAGGCUGGUGCUCACCUGCAUGGCCGAGGGCAGCUGGCCUCUGGAGUUCAAGUGGAUCCACAACAGCACAGAGUUAACUCGCUUCUCGCUGGAGUACAGGUACCUAAUCCCUUCACUGGACCGCUCGCACGCCGGCUUCUACCGCUGCAUCGUCAGGAACCGGGUGGGAGCCCUUCUGCAGAGGCGCACGGAGGUGCAGGUGGCCUUCAUGGGCAGUUUCGAGGAAGGCGAACGCGCCCAGUCGGUCUCUCAGGGAGAGGGCGCCGUGGUGGCGGCGCCGCGCAUCCGCAGCUUCCCCCAGCCGCAGGUCACCUGGUUCAGAGACGGACGCAAGAUUCCACCCAGCAGUCGCAUCGCCAUCACCCUGGACAACACCCUGGUGAUCCUGUCCACGGUCGCGCCGGACGCCGGACGCUACUACGUCCAAGCGGUGAACGACAAGAACGGCGAGAACAAGACCAGCCAGCCCAUCACCUUGUCGGUGGAGAAUGUGGGAGGUCCAGCCGACCCCAUCGCCCCCACCAUCAUCAUCCCUCCCAGGAACACGAGCGUGGUCACGGGCACCUCGGAGGUCACGAUGGAGUGCGUGGCCAACGCCAGGCCUCUCAUCAAGCUGAGCAUCACGUGGCGUAAGAACGGCGUGUUGGUGAGCGGCGGCCUGAGCGACUUCAACCGCCGGCUGACCGUCCUCAGUCCCGCGGUGAGCGACUCCGGCUUCUACGAGUGCGAGGCCAUCCUCCGCAGCAGCAGCGUGCCCUCCGUCAGCGCCGGGGCGUAUCUGCACGUGCUCGAGCCGCCGCAGUUCAUCAAGGAGCCGGAGAAGCACAUUACGGCCGAGAUGGAGAAGGUGGUGGACAUUCCCUGUCAGGCGCGGGGAGUGCCGCAGCCGGACAUCGUGUGGUACAAGGACGCUUUGCCCAUCGACCCGGUGAAGACGCCCAGGUACAGGGUGCUGGUGGGCGGCAGCCUGCAGGUCAACGGCCUCCUGCCCGACGACACGGGGAUGUUCCAGUGCUUCGCCAGGAACAUGGCGGGAGAAGUGCAGACCAACACGUACCUGGCCGUCACCAGCAUCGCCCCGAACAUCACAGCCGGACCCUCCGACAGCACGGUGAUUGACGGCAUGUCAGUCAUCCUGCACUGCGAGACCUCCGGUGCUCCGAGGCCGGCUAUCACCUGGCAGAAAGGUGAGCGCGUGCUGGCCAGCGGCUCGGUCCAGCUGCCCAGGUUCACCCUGCUGGAGUCGGGCAGCCUGCUCAUCUCGCCCUCGCACAUCUCCGACGCCGGCACCUACACGUGCAUGGCGAGCAACUCGCGGGGCAUCGACGAGGCGUCCGCCGACCUCGUGGUCUGGGCUCGCACACGGAUAAACACGCCCCCGCAGGACCAGAGUGUCAUCAAAGGAACCAAAGCCAUCAUGACCUGCGGGGUCACGCACGACCCCAGCGUAACUGUGAGGCACGUCUGGGACAAAGAGGGCUCGGUCAUCAACGUGCAGUCCAUUCCCCGCAUGCGGCUGGACGCCGACGGCACGCUGCACAUCUCGCAGACCUGGUCGGGCGACAUAGGCACGUACACGUGCAGGGUCACCUCGGUGGGCGGCAACGACUCCCACAGCGCACACCUCCGUGUCAGGCAGCUGCCCCACGCCCCAGAGAACCCCACCGCUCUGCUGAGCGCGUCCGAGAAGAGAGCCAUCGACCUGGCCUGGGCCAAGCCUUUCGACGGCAACAGUCCGCUCAUACGCUACAUCCUGGAGGUUUCUGAGAACAAUGCUCCGUGGGCCGUCCUGCUGGCCAACAUCGAGCCGGAGUCCAAGGCGGUGACGGUCAACGGUUUGAUCCCGGCGCGCUCCUAUCAGUUCCGCCUCUGCGCCGUUAAUGAUGUGGGGAAGGGGCAGUUCAGCAAGGAGACGGAGCGUGUCUCUCUCCCGGAGGAGUCCCCCAGCGCUCCUCCCCAGAACGUCAUCGCCAGCGGUCGGACCAACCAGUCCAUCAUGAUCCAGUGGCAGCCCCCGCCGGAAAGCCACCAGAACGGCAUCCUCAGGGGCUACACCAUCCGGUACCGCCUCACCGGCCUGCCCGUCGACUACCAGAUCAAGAACAUCACCAGCCCGGACGUGACCAACCUGCUGCUGGAGGACCUCAUCAUCUGGACCAACUACGAGAUCGAGGUGGCCGCCUACAACGGGGCGGGUUUGGGCACGUUCAGCCACAAGGUCACGGAGUGGACGCUGCAGGGAGUGCCCACCAUCGCCCCCGGCAACGUGCAGGCCGAGGCGGUCAACUCCACGACCAUCCGCUUCACGUGGACGGCGCCCAACCCCCAGUUCAUCAACGGCAUCAACCAGGGCUACAAGUUGCUGGCCUGGGAGCCCGCCAAAGACGAGCACGUCGCCAUGGUGACGGUGCGGCCCAACUUCCAGGACAGCGUCCACGUGGGCUACGUGACGGGCCUGAAGAAGUUCACCGAGUACCACACGUCGGCGCUGUGCUUCACCACGCCGGGGGACGGCCCCCGCAGCUCGCCCAGGGCCCUGAGGACACACGAGGACACCCCCGGCGCCGUGGGUCACCUGAGCUUCACCGAGAUCCUGGACACCUCGCUCAAGGUCAGCUGGAGCGAGCCGGGCGAGAAGAACGGGGUUCUCACAGGCUAUCGCAUUUCGUGGGAGGAGUUCAACCGCACCAACACCAGGGUGACGCACUACCUGCCCAACGUCACGCUGGAGUACAGGGUCACCGGACUCACGGCGCUCACCACCUACACCAUCGAGGUGGCGGGCAUGACCUCCAAGGGCCAGGGCCAGCUGUCCUCCUCCACCAUCUCCUCCGGCGUCCCACCAGAGCUUCCCGGGCCUCCGACCAACAUGGCGAUCUCCAACAUUGGCCCGCGCUCCGUCACCCUGCAGUUCAAGCCCGGGUACGACGGCAAGACGUCCAUCUCCCGUUGGCAGGUGGAGGCCCAGGUGGGUGUGGUGGGCGAGAACGAGGACUGGGUGAUGGUCCACCAGGUGUCCAACGAGCCCGAGGCGCGCUCCCUAGAAGUGCCUGGUCUCAACCCGUACACCUUCUACAGGUUCCGCAUGCGUCAGGUGAACAUAGUGGGAACCAGUCCUCCCAGCCAGCCCUCCAGGAGGAUCCAGACGCUGCCCGCUCCCCCCGACAUGGCCCCCGCCAACGUCACCCUGCGCACCGCCAGCGAGACCAGCCUCUGGUUACGGUGGAUGCCUCUGCCCGAGUGGGAGUACAACGGGAACGCGGAGCAGGUGGGCUACAGGGUCCAGUACUCCCGCGCGGGCUCGCAGGGCCGCGCGCUGAUCCACACCAUCGCCGAUCGCCACGAGAGGGAGUUCACCGUCGAGGACCUGGAGGAGUGGACCGAGUACGAGGUCAGGGUGCAGGUGGUCAACGGCAUCGGGGCGGGGCCGUGGAGCGCGCCGGUCCGAGGCAGAACCAGGGAGUCGGUUCCGUCCUGCGGGCCCACCAAUGUGUCCGCCUUCGCCACGACCUCCAGCAGCAUCCUGGUGCGCUGGUUCGAGGUCCCCGAGCCCGACAGAAACGGCCUCAUUCUGGGCUACAAGGUGGUGUACAAAGAGAAGGACUCGGACGGCGCCGUCCACCUCUGGACGGUGGAGGGGAACGCCACCCACAGCGUCCAGCUGACCGGCCUGGGGAAGUACGUGCUCUACGAGAUCCAGGUCCUGGCCUUCACGCGCAUCGGCGACGGGCGGCCCAGCUCGCCGCCCAUCCUGGAGAGGACUCUGGACGAUGUGCCAGGACCUCCAGUGGGCAUCCUGUUCCCGGAGGUGCGGACCACCUCGGUGCGGCUCAUUUGGCAGUCGCCCUCGCAGCCCAACGGCAUCAUACUCGCCUACCAGAUCACGUACCACCACAACUCCACCAACAGCAACGCGGCCACCGUGGACGUGCUGAGCCCCAGUGCCCGCCAGUACACGGUGACCAGCCUCAAGGCCGAGGCCACCUACGUGUUCCGCAUCACGGCGCAGACGAGGAAGGGCUGGGGCGAGGCGGCCGAGGCGCUGGUGGUCACCACGGAGAAGAGAGCUCGCCCCCAGCCCACCAGCCGCCCCAUGGUUCCGCAGAGGGACGUGCGGGCUCGCCAGGUGCUGUUGUCGUGGGAGCCGGGCAGCGACGGCCUGUCCCCCGUGCGUUACUACACGGUGCAGCAGCGAGAGCUGCCCGAGAGCAACUGGACGGUCCACUCGGCCUCCGUCAGCCACGAGGCCUCCUCCUACUUUGUAUCCAGGCUGAAGCCCUUCACGUCCUACCAGUUCAGAGUCAAAGCCACCAAUGACAUCGGGGACAGCGAGUACAGCGAGCAGAGCGAGGCCAUCACCACUCUGCAGGACGCGCCCGACGAAGCGCCCGCCAUCCUCUCCGUCACGCCGCACACGACCACGUCAGUGCUGAUCCGCUGGCAGCCCCCCGCUGAGGAGAAGAUCAACGGAAUCCUACUGGGCUUCCGGAUUCGAUAUCGCGAGCUGCUGUACGACCGUCUGCGCAGCUACUCCGCUCACGCCCUCAACAGCAUGUCCACCUGGGCCGAGCUCACCGCCCCGUACAGCAUCCGGAAUCUGAGCGAUUCAACUCUCAACCAGUAUGAGUUGGACAAGCUGAGUAAACACAAGCGCUACGAGAUACGCAUGAGCGUGUACAACGCUGUGGGCGAGGGGCCGACCAGCGCGCCGCAGGAGGUGUUCGUGGGAGAGGCAGUGCCGACAGCGCCGCCCCAGAACGUGGCUAUUCAGUCUGCGACCGCCACUCAGCUGGACGUGACGUGGGACCCUCCACCCGUGGAUGCGCAGAAUGGCGACAUCCAGGGCUACAAGGUUUACUUUUGGGAGUUCCAGCGCAAGAACGAGACGGAGCGUCUCCGGACACUGUUCAUGCCCGAGGGAGGGGUGAAGCUGAAGAACCUGACGGGCUACACCACCUACAUGAUCAGCGUCGCCCCCUUCAACGCUGCCGGCGACGGACCCCGCAGCCCGCCGACCAGGGGGCGCACUCAGCAAGCGGCCCCCAGUGCGCCCAGCUUCAUUCAUUUCAGCGAGCUGACCACCACCUCGGUCAACGUGUCCUGGGGCGAGCCCGCCUUCCCCAACGGCAUCAUCGAGGGCUUCCGCCUGGUCUACGAGCCCUGCACACCUGUAGAGGAGUCCUCAGUGGCCUGUGCCGACUGUCUUCACUCCCCCUCCCCCCCAGGCGUCAGUAAGACAGUGACGGUGGAUGUGAAGGGGAGCGGGCCGCUCUGGCUGAAGCUCAGGGACCUGGCCGACGGCAUCACGUACAACUUCCGCAUCCGGGCCAAGACCUUCAUCCACGGGCCCGAGGUGGAGGCCAACAUCACCACCGGCCCCGGAGAAGGAGCCCCUGGGCCGCCCGGAGAGCCCUUCAUCACACGCUACGGCUCAGCCCUGACGCUCCACUGGACCAGCGGGGACCCGGGACGCGCUCCCAUCACGCGCUACGUCAUCGAGGCCAGACCUUCAGACGAGGGAUUGUGGGACAUCUUAAUCAAGGACAUCCCCAGGGAAGCCACGUUGCACACGUUCAACAUGGACAACCUCAAGCAAGGGGUCAGCUACGACUUCCGGGUAAUCGGAGUGAACGACUACGGCUACGGCUCUCCGAGUCUUCCCUCUCCUUCUAUAUCUGCUCAAAAAGUGGCACCUUUCUACGAGGAGUGGUGGUUCCUGGUGGUGGUGGCGCUGGUGGGGCUCAUCUUCAUCCUGCUGCUGGUCUUCAUCCUCAUUAUCAGGGGACAGAGCAAGAAGUAUGCCAAGAAGUCCGAAUCAGGUAACAACUCCAACUGCAACGCCCUGACGCACGGCGACAUGGUGAGCCUGGACGAGGGCCGCUUCCCCGCCCUGGAGCUCAACAACCGCCGACUCUCCGUGAAGAACUCCUUCUGCCGGAAGAACGGCGUCUACACCAGGUCUCCUCCCAGGCCCAGUCCGGGAAGUCUCCACUACUCCGACGAAGACGUCAGCACCAAGUACAACGACCUGAUCCCCGCGGAGAGCAGCAGCCUGACGGAAAAACCCUCCGAGAUCUCGGACUCACAGGAGGCGCUGGUGUUUUCAUAUGGGACAGGUGGCCUUCAUACACUUCCACUGCAUUUGGGCAGCGACAGCGAGUACGAGGUGGACCCCAACCGACAGAAGACCCACUCCUUCGUCAACCACUACAUCAGCGACCCCACCUACUACAACUCCUGGCGCCGCCAGCAGAAGGGCAUAUCCCGGGCGCAGGCCUACAGCUACACCGAGUCCGAGUCGGGCGACCCGGAGCACUGCGCCCCGCCGCCGCUGCCCCCUCUACCGCCGCUGCCGCCCCAGCUCAGCUCGCCGAGCCCCCAGCCCCAGCAGGCCCAGGGCCAGCCCCAGGGCCCGCACCAGGCCCCGCCCCAGGGCCAGGGCAGCCUGUUUAGGCCCAAAGGUAGCCGGACUCCCACCCCCUCCCAGCAGAGCUCCAACCCCCCCAGCCAGCACAGCACCCUCUACAGGCCCCCGAGCAGCCUAGCCCCAGGAUCGCGGGCCCCGAUUGCUGGCUUCUCCUCCUUUGUGUAAAAAAAAAAAAGAAAAUUCUGAAAAAGGGACAUAGAAAUUUCUGGAAAAUAUCUACCCAACUCGUGUUGAAGGAGAACAUAGCAUUGCAUAACCUGCAGUCGACCCGAUUCAGUCAUUCGGUUUCAGUUUUCUUUCUUUUCAGUACUUUUUAGUUUUCUUUCAUUUCGUAUAUGUUACGUUUCUUAUUCAGGCCUGGACACAUGCGGGACAACGGCAUGAGACCUUGACCUCUAAGAGCACUUCUUUUGUGUGUGUGUGUGUGUAAUGAGUGGAAGUGUCGACUUUCUUUCACCAGUUGAUAAAAUACUUCUCUGCAGCAUCUGCUAACUUUUAUUUAUUUUUUUGCUUAUUUGAACUUAUCGCAUGGCUUUUUUCUUUCUUUCUUUCUUACAUUUAUUUCCCACCUUUUUUUCUUUUUGUCACUUUUUUUCGGAAACACAUUCAAAACGGUAAAUCUCUCUGAUUCUGUACAAAGUCACAAGAAUCUUUGAACAACACACAAACACACAUAUAAAUAUACAUAUAUAUAGUAGAUGUACCUAGAGGACACAAAAUCCCCGUUGACGGAGACUGAAAAGAGGGAGCCAUAUUUGUGGAAGCGGGAAAAAAAGGACAAGUGUUUGUUUGGAUGGCCUGGAUGUAAAUCAAACAAAAAAAUGAUGGAGGAAGAAGAAGAAAUCAAAGACAGACGUGGAUGUGGAAUUAAUGCCAAAUGAAACAAAUUUUAUUGCGUUGGCCGGAAAGAGUUCGAAGCGGGACAUUGGAGGUGAACCCUGCGUCUCCAUGGAAACGGGCUCACUGGCCUUUAGCACACACAAACACACAUUGGACAAGUCGGUCGGACAGCGUUUUUUGGCCGCGGCUGGUCGAAGCGUGGCCGCGCUGUGCCUGAAGGAAUCCUGCGGAUAUAAAUCUGAAAUGAAAAGUGUAUAUCUGUGAUUUGGUCUCUUUAAGUCUUUUUUGUGUGUGUGUGUGUGUGUGAGUGUAUUACAGUGAAUCAAAGAUGCCUUGAUAGAGAAAUAUACUUAUUUAUGAUAUCUGGCACCGGUUUGUGACUGAACUGCUUACGCCCCCCCCCCCCCCCCCGGACUGUGGCAUCAUGAUAGGCCGGCCUGGCGCCACGUCGGCCAUCUUUGAAAUCCUGACAGAUGUGGUUGGGGGCUGUGAAUUCAUUUGCAUACACGACCCAUACUUUUUUUUUUUUUGCUGGCUCUCCAAUACACACACACACACACACACACGUACGUGACGUCAGUCUCAUUCUGCAAACGUCUACUGAAAAGAAAUGCUUUUGAAAACACAAGAGGGUCAAAACUGUCCGAGGCGGUCCCGGGACUGAUGCACGUGUGGGACGCUUUUGCCUGUCCUGCUCAAAUGUGAGCGGAGUGAUGCUGGCUAGAAAGAAAGAGGAUUUUUUUUUCCAUCCUCCCCCCCCCUCGCUGGUCUAACUCUUGUUCCAUCACCGGUCACGAUCGCGGCCCCGGCGCCGAAGCCUGCGCCGAGAGAUGAUGUCAUUGAAUUGCCACCCCCCCCCCCCCCCCCCCCCCCCUUUGUGUAAUCAACUGCUCUGUACUAUUCAGGUGUGAGUGCGCUGUCCCAAAUCGCUAAUAGUGUGUGUGUGUGUGUGUGUGUGUGUGUGUGAUUACACUUCUUGUGCAUAAGCUUUACAGAUCAUUCACUGUGUCUGGUUGUAAAGAGUUCGUCCUGCCCCGGAGUGACGCCGCAUAGGGGUCGGCCCACCGUCCGGCCGCUCGCCCCGCCCCCCGGUGUGCUGCUCAAGACGCUGUAGUGAAGACUCGGUGGUGUGUUCCCUAGUUUCCAUUGUUGGAGAAAAAAAGGACAAAAAAAAUCAUCUGCUUAUUAUUUUUUUUAAUUUUUCUUUUUUCGUCUGUGGGGUGAUUUCAUUGUAUGCAACAAAACGCUUAUCAUUGCAGUAUCUGAAUGAAUAUAUGAUCACAGUACAUUUCUGAAAUAAAUUAUUUUUCAAUGUUA